UAUAUAUUUAUCAAUGUAAUUUCCACAUACAGAAAGAAAUGUCAUCAUCAAGUUAUACAGUAUGAUCAGAUUUUUAAUUUUCACAUCAUCCCCUUUCAUGGAUGUUGAUUCAUGGCUGUAUAGGGUUAGCUUAGACAUUAAAUCUAAUGUGCUUUACAUGUUUUUACACACUUUCACAUCUUUGGGUCCACAAAAACAUGUUUCAUUUAGAAAAACGGUCUUAAAUCACUAAGUGAUAUGUGUUCCUUUAGAUCAAGAGGUCAGGCGGUUCAGGGAGCACUUCAUCAGAAAGAGAGGUUAUGUCAGGAUCAGAGCAGGAGAAAUAGUAUAAAAACACAGAAAGGAGGAAAGUCUCAUAAAAGGGCAGUAAAAUUGAAAAGAGGUUGUUGGUAUAAGAACUGUUUGGUUAGUAUCUGUUAGUUAAAGUGAUUUUAUCCAUCAGAAGAAUGAAAGUUCACUGCUUGGCUCUUCUAUUGCUGUCAUUGUCAGCGACCAGCACGCAGGCCUUAUGGAGGAUAAAACUGAAGAAAAUGCCCUCCAUAAGAGAAAACCUUAAGGAAAUGGGCAUCACACCAGCUCAAGUGUUGUCACAGAUUAUGCCGAAAACAGAUGAACCUUCACCCAAAAAUGGCACAGCACCAACACCUCUGAUCAACUACUUAGAUACACAGUACUUUGGUGAAAUUAGCAUUGGUUCACCAGCUCAGAUGUUUAAUGUGGUGUUUGACACUGGAUCUGCCAACCUCUGGGUUCCUUCACACAGCUGUUCUCCUUUAUACACAGCCUGUUUCACCCACAACAGGUAUGACGCUUCCAAAUCUAUCACUCACAUUUACAACGGCACAGGAUUCUCCAUCCAGUACGCGUCAGGAAAUGUCAGAGGAUUUCUGAGCGAGGAUGUGGUUAUUGUGGGUGGUAUCCCAGUGGUCCAAGUGUUUGCCGAAGCAACCGCUCUCCCUGCUAUCCCGUUCAUUUUUGCCAAGUUUGAUGGAGUGUUGGGAAUGGGCUAUCCAAAUGUAGCUAUUGAUGGAAUUACACCUGUAUUUGAUCGCAUCAUGUCACAGCGUGUCCUAAAAGAGGAUGUUUUCUCUGUGUACUACAGUAGAAACCCAACACACAUACCCGGUGGAGAGUUGGUGCUGGGUGGCACAGACCCGAACUACCACACUGGAUCUAUCCACUAUAUAAAUACCAAAGAGGAAGGCAAGUGGGAGAUCCUCAUGAAGGGAGUUUCUGUUGGAGCAGAUAUGCUGUUUUGCGCAGAAGGCUGCAGUGCUGUAAUUGAUACAGGCUCCUCCUACAUCACAGGCCCCGCCUCCUCUAUUUAUAUUCUGAUGAAAACAAUCGGUGCAACUGAACUGGCAGAGGGAGAGUUUACCGUGAGCUGUGAUCUGGUCAAGUCCUUACCCAGCGUGGCCUUUCAUUUUGGUGAUCAGGAAUAUCCUCUUACAGAAGAGGACUAUAUUCUCUGGCAAUCAGAGUUUGGCGAGGACAUCUGCACAGUGACAUUCAAAGCGUUGGAUGUGCCGCCCCCUACUGGUCCUGUCUGGAUACUGGGAGCAAACUUCAUAGCUCGAUAUUAUGCUGCGUUCGAUCGAAGAAACAAUCGCAUUGGCUUUGCUCGUGCAGUCUAACAUUCAGUGGGUCCAAUUUGACGUCUACUGAGUUCAUAAAUACCUGAUCUGUCACGUUAAUAACUAAAUAUAAUGACACACAUACAUAAGGAAACUUAAAGGGAUAGUUCACUCAAAAAUUAAAACUUUGUAAUCAUUUACUCACCCUCAUGUUGUUACAAACCUGUAAAAAUGUAUUUGUUUUGAUAAACACGAAUGAAGAUAUUUUGAGGAAUGUGUGUAACCAAACCAAUCGUGAGCCUUAUUCACUUCCAUAGUAUGAAAAAAGAAAAGCGGAGAAUGGGGGCGAAAGUACCAUUUUUCAGAAAAACUUAAUUUAAAAAAAAUAAUGUUAUAGACAGAGAUAUAUUUUUGCUGUGGUCAAUAACUCACAAGUGUGGUCUAUCAAUACCAGGUGGAAUUUUGUAAAAAUGUAAAACGACUUCAGUAUAAUUUCACUUUAAACAUAAGUAGCGAAUUGUUACACAACACAACAAGAUAGAUUUUUGUGUUACACUUUUUUUAAUUAAAUAUACUAAGACCUCGUUAAUAUGUAACUGCAAACAUAUUUUGCAAUUAUCUUUGUAAAAUAUUAUGAAAUUAAAUUUUCAUUUUAAAUUUCAGUUUUAUCAAAUGUUUCAAAAGCAACGAAAAGUACAAACUUAAAUUGUUGAGAAUAAAGCAUUUUUUCAACAGUUUUAACACUAUGAAAAUGAAAUUAAAUCAAAUUAGAAUAAUAUAAAUUUUCAACAUAUACAACAGUAUUAGCAGCGGGACAAAAGCAACAAGUGUUACUUUCGACCUGACACGAUCUCCUCACAUUUAAACUUGAUUUACUUUUAUUUUGAAAACCUUAGAGGUGUCAAACUUCAGGAUGUGUUAGAUCACUGAAUAACCUGCAGAUUGAUCAGUACUUUAACACAUGAAACCAGAAACACAACGCGUUAUAAGAAAAAAAUGACCACUUUAGGAAUUUACUUAUCAUGGUUGAAAACACCUUUCUGGAUCUACACGCUGAAAACAGUGAGUAAAUAACGUGAUAUUUGUCAGGUCUGUCAGGGGUUGUGUGCCUAAGAUGCUGUCGUAGUUUGGGAUGCAAAUGUUAUCAGGGCUCGGAGAAAAUCGCUUUGUUACUUUCGUCCCGAGUUACUUUUGCCCCGAUUCUCCCCUACUGUGAAAAAAAUGGGGCUCGUGAACGGUUUGGUUACAAACAUUUCUCAAAAUAUCUUUCUUUGUGUUCAUCAAAAUAAAGAAAUUCAUAUAGGUUUGUAACAACAUAAGAGUGAGUAAAUGAUGACAGAAUUUUCAUUUUUGGGUGAACUAUCCCUUUAAAUGAUCAUUGUAUAGUUAUAAGGUCAGAGACAAACGCUGAUUUAUAACAGACCCCAAAUUAUGAUUUAGUUCAGGGUUCAGAUGUAUUUUCCCAUUAUCCAAAUUUGAAUGAAGAUAGGGGAGACUGUUCCUAGAUCAGUAAACGAUUUUGAAUUUACAACAGAGGGAAAAAUAAGUGGUUUAAAACACAUUUUCGUGGCUCAGUGACAGGAAAUAAUGAAGUUGCAUUCUCUUGACAUUUGGUUUUAGUUUAAACUGAAUGCUUAUUGAUCAUUAAAAACAAGAUGCAGUUAAAUGCAAGCACACACACAGUAGUCCGCUGCAAACGUCAAGUUUAACUUGAAAAUGUGUUAGUGGGUUCAUUGACUUUAUUUACUAUAUAUUUUUUCCACUUUCCACUGUCUUGUUUCUGACUACAGCUUAUUUCUGUAGUCUGACUUUUGCACCAAGAAAAAUAUUUAAAUGAUCAGAAAAACCCAUAUUUCCAGAAAUGCACAUUUUGAACCGUUGCAAUUUCUACUACUACAUAUUGUAAGACAUUAAUAUCAAUAUCUAUACAUUUCUUGUGUGUAAUCAUGUUUUACUAGUGUCCUACAUUGUGUGAAUUAUGUGAAAACUAAAUAAACUAAAUGCAA